GUCACGGGCUGCACUCAGGAAGAGGUGUUGGUUUAUGGAUAGAGGACUAGUCAUGUCUGGGUGACUGUUGUUCCCUCUUAUCAGCCUGGAGCGGCGAUAAGGGAGGAGUAGUUUAUAUGAUGCCUGGAUGAGCUUUCACUGAUUGAAGAAGAUGGAUUCACAUAGAGAGAAGGUCUUCCCAUUGAACACAUCAGGCUAUCAGUACAUACACAGCCCAGAACAUAUGCCUUCAGGAGCUGAGUCUGCCAGGACAAUGUCUGAUGACAGUGAUGAUCUUCUCCAGGACAGACCAAGAUCGAGGACUAUUUUGGACUCUUCAUGCUCAACAUGUGAUCUUUCGGUGGCGCAUUCUAAGUACAGGCCACAUUCAGGGGCAUAUAGGUCGUUACAGCCUAAUUUUAACGACAUGAGUUGUUCUGAGAAGUAUUCCCAGAUGUUCUCCGAACAAUACUGGGCCUGUGCAAUCCCAAACGCUCUCCCUCCACGCCCUGACCGAACGUCUCCGCAUUGGGAUCCAAAUAAAGAGUAUCGGGACCUGUUAGAUUAUACCUAUCCCUUGAAUCCUAAGUAUUUUAUUGAUAAAGAUAAUGAGGAAGAUGAGGCCAAUGUGUUUUUGCAUGACUCAGGUAUAGACCUUGAUAGCUACAAUGCUUCUUAUGACAAUACGUUUGGUUCUUCUAAAUAUAGAGAAGACCACAAAGCAAAGACUAAUCGAUAUGCACAUAGAAAUGAUGAGAGUUUACCGUUUGCCUUUUCAACACCGUUACUUAAAAGAACUGGUUAUCAUGGUUUACAAAACCCUCCAGGGUCAACUUUGUGUGAAGACUUCUCGUCUUACACCAGUAAGUUGGAUUUCACCAAGGUAUGCACCACUAGUCCUCCCCCCUCCAAAUAUGAUGUGCUUGAUAAGCCAUCCGGAGAUCGUUCUCACGGGUCCGGAAUGUUUCUGCCUACGACCAGUGUUCUCCCACUCCACAAAGAGUUGGACACUGAUGAGGAAUAUCUUUCCUUACCGCCAACUCUGAAAGAGUUAGAGAACCUGGCCACACAUUUGAAGGACCUCUCUUUAACUGUAAGCGACAAAGACCAACGAUCUGGUGCCAAAACGACAUGCGCUGGUGAUGGCCCUGAAGACCGAAAAUAUAUCUCUGACUUCAGCCAUGAUGAAUCUAAAAUAAAUCGGUUUUCGUCACUGAGAGACAUGCUCGAUGGAAGGGUGUCAUCAGAGGGCUUGGACAUUUCUGGAUGUGCCUCAUUCAGAGAAAAUAACUCUCUUGUCCAAAGAAUUCAGAAGUUCUGCCAGCACCUGGACCGGCUGAUUGAAUGGUUGUACAGCGUGGCAGAAGUGACUGACAACUGGACCGCUCCGAAGCCAAAUGUGGAGAGCAUUCAGCUAGCGCUCAGCCUUUACCUGAAACUUAAGAAAGAUGUAGCGGAGCAGCAAGUCCUUGCCAACGCGGUUAUGAAGGACGGCGAGUCUCUGGUGAGAUCUUUGGCCCUCAAUUCCUCAGUUUUGAAGGACACGCUGACAUUGAUUUCCAAACAGUCUGGAGAGCUCGAUCGACACACUGAGCGUCUGUACGCCUCUGUUCUCGAAGCUAUGGAGACCAUCACCGACGACAGCUUGGCGAGGAACAGUAACCGAAAACAACAUGUUCCCCUGGAGAUGGAGUCGAGUUAGUUAACACACGUUAAACGUGGGACUUAGAGACUGUACCAUCGUGAAAUAAAGUGCACCCACUCCGACAAGCGUGAGGCACAUUGAAGAAGAGAUCCAGCCUGCGUGACACCAUUUAAUGUAGAAUGUGGAAACAACCAGGUCCCUAAACAUGUUCACAACACUUAUCACUUAAAAAAAAAAAAAAAGAGGCUGGUGUAGCCUCACAGAUUUAACCCCUUAGUGACAAUAUGCCUUUUUACUGACGUAAACAAAGGGGGUUUAAGCUGGAUCGCUGGUGUUAAUCAAUGAUUACAUGUACCCAAAAUGGUGCAUUAAAAACUAACUUGUCCUGCAAAAAAUAAGCCCUCAUACAGGCACACUGAUGAAGAAAUAAAAAAAAAAUAAGUUAUAGCUCUUGGAAUGCAAUUUAAAAAAAUGUGUGGUCACUAAGGGGUUAAGAUAACGAGCACAUUGCAUCUGAAAUCUAGGCCAGCUCAUAGCUGGCGUACAUGGACGUCCCAAGAUGCGCCACUCCAAUGUGGAUCUAGACUGGUGUUAGAAAUGCCGGUUUUGAUAAAUUACCCCACCACUGACUACGAUUCUUCUGCUGCAGUUUAGAAACCUUUAGCAGAACCAGAUCGUUUUGGGCAAUAACAGACUUGUGAUUAUUAAAGCCCAAGAUUCCCUUUGGAGAUUUUUAUUUGGGGGAAUCAUGUGAUCCUUUUAAUCAGCUAUGAACAGAGGAUUACAGUGUGUCCAGUGAUUUUUGCAUUUGCUGAUCGAGUGGAUCAUUCACUACAUAUAAUUUACCAUUAGGCCUCAUGCAGACGGCCAUUCCACAGCCGUGCCCGUAUUGCUGUCUGCCGUAUAGGGAUCCCGGCAGUUUUUGCACUGCAUCACAGAUGCGGACCCAUGCACUUGAAUGGGUUCGCAAUACAGAGUGCUUCUGUCAGGUUUCUCUCCAUGCCGCCACACCGCAAAAAAAAAUAGAAUUUAGUUUUUUGUGGUGCGGACAGAUCACAGACCCAUUCAAGCUGAAUAGGUCUGGAUAAAUGUGCGGCAGCCACACGGAUGGUCCAGCCAACGGCCGUCUGCAUGCCCCCUCACAGACAAUGUAUACCACAUAUUUAUGUGUAUCCUACCCGAGGCCUGAACACAAUGUUAUUUUGUACUAUCACACAUUUGUAUGUAUUUUCAGAACUACCUUAUACAAUUUUUGUGAUUUUGUAUUUGUCUGGUUUUUAUAGCAGCCAUUAAAAAGUUGCACACGCAGA